CGCCCAGGUGUGAAAGUCACCGCGCGCUUCAGUGGGGUCAGAUACACCUGUGCAGCACGCGAGGAGUCUGAUUCGGAUCGAACUGAGCGUGUGUUGCUGACAAGAAGAGAUUGAUCAGAGUAACGUCAGUCUGAAAGACCUGCUGACAAAAACACAACUACUGAGAUUCAAUAAACUGAGCGGUCAGAUAUCUGCUCUACAACCUCAACAAGUAGAGGUGGAACGUGAUUGACACCUGGCUGUUAAAGAGCAGGUGUGAAGUGCAGAAGUGCAUUGUGGGUAAACUUUCUCGUGUGCACAGACCCUUCUAUUGUUAGAAGACACACAGACGGGACACACACAAACUUAUCCCACCGACUGACGGACUGAGAAACGGGAUGCCAGGAAUGACUGAGCAGGAAAACAGCAUGGGAACAGACAGCAAACAUACAGCACAGAUCUCAGAUCCCAACACAGGCUCAAAAACACGCACAGUUAUGGAGGACGAGGACGGAAAGGGGACGGCCAAUAAGAAGGCUGGAAAGUUUACGCGAUCCAAUCUGACCCGAUCUGAAAGUGUAAAAGAUCUCAUCUACAAGUUCUCCGGUUCAAGCAGCGCUAGGCAGAAAACUCCCAGCGGGUCAGGGGACAAAGGUCAAGAGAAGGACGUUGAGAGGAGUCUGGAGAGCAGCAACACCAGUAAACAAAGGAGUAAAAGUGAAGAUCGCAAUAGGAACCAGAACUUUGAAGAAUCAGAGCACAGGAUGCCAGACUUAGAUUGCGCAAAAACAGCAAAGGAGAAGCUUCAUAACCCCGAUAAAGACAAACAAGAGUCCAAAGAUGAGAAGAUCUCGGAGGACAAAUCCCAACACUCCAAGGACCGGACAGGUGCAGUGGUUCCUGGUCCGCAUUCCAACUACAAUGGUGAUAAGGGGUCAGAGAACGAAUCAGCAACCCCAAAAGUCCGCCCGAACCCAAAAUAUGAGCUUUACCUGGGGUCCAACGGUACCAGCGGUGCCAAUGGUUCGUUCUCAGGUGAGAGCUCUUCAGCUAACAGCGGUGCCAACAGUAACCUGCUGAGGAUCAGUCCAAUGAUCCACGGAUCCAUGGACUCGCUGUCGUCUCGGGAGUGGGACAGUAUGUCAGACAGAACUGGAGGAUUUGAAAGCCCACCGAGGACCGUCUUUAACAGUCCUUAUGCAACGAUGUCAUUGGAUUACAAUCCUCCUUACCGGAUGUCUGAUUUCAGCAGGGAAGUGACGUCACCUGCUGCAUCUGACGUGAACCUGUUCAGAAGCGUGAGUCCGAUUCAGAGUCCAGUGAUGGCUCAUCGUUCUCGCAUUGGCAACUAUGACAGUCUGAGUCGCAGACGAGAUGUGCAGCCUCCUCCAGGGCAGUUUAUGGUUCGUAACAAUCAGCCGAACAAGCGUGACUUCAUCCAGGAGCUCACCAAACAGCUGGAGGACUGUCAGAGGAGAAACCAGUUUCUGGAAGCUGAGAGCAUCGAGUUGGAUAAAGAGAGAAACCAGAUCCGCUUUGAGAUGAGAGGUCUGCUGGUGAACAAUGAAGAUCUCCUGCGAACAAACACACAGAUGCAGGGCGAGAUGAACCGACUGAGAGAGAGAAUCGUGGAGCUGGAGAGCAACAACAACGUCAUGAUCGAGCGUUUUAAACAGAUGGAGAUUGAGCUGACAGAAGCGCGUGAGGUCAUGGUGGAAGCCAACAAUCAAGAAUACGCCUUCAAUUUCCUUCAACAAUCCCUCAAGAACAAGAUACAGGACACCGAGGAAGCUCUGGAGAAACAAACUCAGAAUACUCAGAUUGUGUCGGAGAAACUCUGGCUGGCUGAACGCAACCUGGAGGAACUCGAAGUGGAGAAAGAAACCAAAGCCAAGAAAGUUUUAGAGCUCAACAACAAUGUGUUCAGACUGGAGACUGAGCUGUCAGACGCUCUACAGGAGAGUAAUCAGGCCAGAACAGAGCUCAGUCUGCAGCAGAAACUGCGUGCGGAUGCGCAGCUGCGUGUGGAGGAGCUGGAGGAGAGCUUACUGGAGAAAGAUCAGGAGCUCCUGCGUCUCACACAGAUCGUCAAUCGACUGCAGGGAGAGGUGACGUAUAAGUUAAGUGAUAAGGAGCAGACGCUGGAGGAGGAGAUUCAGCUGCGUGAGCGUGCGCAGCUGCAAUGCAAACAGGCCGAGAGAACCGUGGAAGAUCUGCGCAUGGAGCUGCAGACGCUCACUCAGUCUAGAGAUGACCUCGCUAAACAACUCAAAGUAUCGCAGGAGAGCAUCAUUGAUCUAGAGAGUGAUCUAGAAGAACUGAAGGAGAAUGAGCAAAGAUGGGCGUCCAAACACAAGAGAGCUCUAGAACAGGCUGAACAGCUGCAGAUCAAACUAAUUCAGGAGAAAGAUGUGAUCGACCAGCUGGAGUGUGAGAAGGCCAUCCUGGCGAGAGAGUUGAGAGAUGUGCGUAACCAGAUGGAGGAACUUCAGAAUAACAGAGUUGAGGUUGAUUCAGUCACUCGAGCUGAGAGUAAAGCUAAAGAACUGGAGAACACACUGCGUUUAGAGGAGAGGAAUAAAGUGGUUUUAUCAAACACUAUCGGUAAACUGGAGAGAAAGAUUCACGAGUUGACCGAGCAGAUUGAAGAGGAACAGAAGAUCUCUACAGAACAGAGAGAAUUGAUGACGCAGCGCAUUCGCUCGCUCAAGAGACAACUGAAUGAAGCUGAGGAAGAGGCGAGUCGACGAGAUGUUCAAUACAGACACACACAGAGAGAACUGAGCGAAGAGAGAGAAGCCAACACAAGACUCCAGAGACAACUACUGGACCAACAUCUGCAGAUGAAGAGGAACGAGUCCAAAAUAACUCUGGAAAAACUGCGACUUCUGAGUGUAGAUGAGGAGGAUCACUUUGAAUCAGAACCCACAGAGAAGAACCUCACUCAGGUGUGACCCAACAAAACUACUGAAACAAACUGUUAGAUGGACCCGAACCGACCCAGACCAAAGGGCCAAAGCAAAUCUGAAUGUCCAUAAGCUACAUCAGCCCAGAAAACAUCAGAGUCUGGAUCUGCGGCUGAGAUCUUUAUAAAGCUUUGAAAGAAAAGAUUUCUUUUUUCCUUUAUUUUUUUCUGCUACCUGACAUGGAUUUUCUCAACCCAAAUCUACUUUGAGCCAAAACCAAAUGGCACAAACUGCUUCAGUCCAGGUCUACACAAGAGACCGCAUCUAAAAUCCUCCUGCUUCAUAUGAACUGAUUUCUAGAACAGACUUCUGAUGAACAUUGUUCUGGAGAAACAUCUUCCUCGUAGGAGGAUUACAGUUGUUGUUGUUGUUGUUAUUAGUGUGUAUUUCUGUAAUGUACUACCGUAUCUCUUUAUAGGUGAAGGGCAUCACUGCCAAAUACUCUGAAUGAUGGGGUCAAAACCAUUUUCAAAUAUUAUCUGUGCAUAUUAUUGGUUUCUUUUGUUUACAGUAAGGAAGCUACAUUAUAUAUUCUAGAUAUCUAAGUUAAAUGGUUGUUAUUCGUUCUUCUUCAGUGUUUACGUAGAAAACAUAUCAACCAUACUAGCAUAGGACAAAAUCAUUUGAAUCAGUAUUUUGUGUUGUUUUCCACACUGUAAAGAAAAUGCAGCAUGAACUUGGUUUUGCAAGUUAAUUCAACCAACUAUUUUAAGUUUUGGCUUGUGAUAAGUUGACAUAACUUAUAAAAUCAAGUUGAAACUGUUUAACUUAUUUCUUAACAUAAAAUAUACGUUGAUUUGACAAAAAUGCUGCGUAUAUUUUUACAGUGCUGUAUAAAGAGUACGUCUUGAAUUUUUCUUUCCCAUUUUUAAGCAAGAGAUAAGAAAAUGAAUUUAAAUGGUAUUUUAUGUUAUCUCGCAAAGUAAUUUAGCUUUUCUAGUUAAUAUUUUUAUGUGAAAACAACAGAAAAAUGAUUGAGGAUCAGUUUCCCAGACAGGGUUUAGAUUAAUCCAAGACUUGGCCUUCGUUAUAUUAGGACAUUAAAGUAGAUUUGACAACAUAUCUUACAAUUCACAAUAACAACUGUCUAACAUUAUCCCGCUUAUUACACAGUUAUUAACCUCAUAAGUAAAUGAAAAAAGGUACAUUAAAUAAUGAUUUGAAAUAUUUUAUUUGCUCAUUUUUAAUGAAUACUACCGAGCCCCAAAGGUGACAUUGGAGUAAAAAAAAGUAAAAGUUUAGUUUCAUGUGCUCACGCGAAACCGAAAGAAUUCUUUUUUACAUUUUAGUUUCGCGUGAGCACGAUAAAAUAUUGCGUGCGCACGUGAAACUUGUCCCCUUAGAGGCUCCGUAGAAUGCAGACCUUCUGUGAGGAAAACCAAUUGACUUUCAGUUUUAAGAUUAGACAAAAAAGUUCAAAUGUCACGAAGACACUAUUUGGUUUAAUAAUUUGUAAAUAUAAUGUCAUAUAUGUUAUUAAAUCACAUAUUUAUAUUUAAUCUUUGUGUAAUAUUAUACUGUACCUGUCAAAAUGAUUUGCCACAUCCGGUUUACCUAGUGUUAUUAGUUUUGACCGGUAGUUAUCUGGGAAUAACAAACCUGCAAAUGUUGCAACUGGCCAAUCAGAAUCAAGCGUUUCAACGAGUCGUGUAAUAAAAAACAAUCUAGAGAUAAAACAAUGGCACUGAUCUAUGUUAAGAUAGAAGUGCAAGAUGUUUUUAAAUGAAAUAAAAAAUGAUACAUUUUAGUCUGAGACUAAGAUAUAAGCCCUGUUUGGGAAACUGCCCCUGUAAAAUGAUUUUGCACUACUGAAAUGUUAUUCUAAGGUUUGUUUUUUUUCAAUUGUUUAUUUGAUGUAUUUUGGGUCUUUCAGAUGCAUCUGACCAUUGAACACUUUCGUGUAUUUCUGUAACAUAUGGAUGUAUUAUUUUGCAUGAAUGUAAAGAUUCUAAAGAGAUUAGUUUGCAAUAUUAAUGUGGUAAUGGUUAACCAUAGUAAAACAACCUAAAGUGACCUAUAGUUGUAAUUUGACAAUCAGAGCUUUUGGUUCUCAUACAGUGUAUUUGGUGGCACCUAAAAAAGCAAGAAAAGCAUUUUUAUGUACUUGUACAUGUGUUUUCUGAGGUUCUAGUGUAGUUUAAUUUUACGUAAAGGUAAUAAAAUGUGCUGAAAGAUUUUUUGCUUUGGUUCCUUCGAGCAGAAGUGCCCUUCAGUAUGUAUGAGACACAAAGAAGAUUCUGCUACAAUAUUUUUAUUUUCUGGAAAAAAAAAUCAUGGAGCACUCAGAUUUGUGUCAGUAUGAAAGUGUUAAAUCAAUGCUUUUCUUUGUUUCUUUAUUUGUGUUCUGUUUGGCGUGUGAGAAGUCUCACUAAGGUUAAGUCAACUACAUCAGGCCAUGUCUGGACCGUCAAUGUCCAGAUGAUGGGGAGCAAAUUUAAUUCACCUUAUGUGUACUGCAUUUCUCUCUUCUAAAGUCUGUAGUUCUGGUUCUGAAUGCUGAUUGGUCAAUAGCUGUGCUUUGCUUUACUGAAAAUAAACCAUAGAAACAUUCUGUUA